GAGUGGGGUGUCCUUCUUGAAGACCCACAGAAACACCAGCCAGCCCCGAGCGUCAGUUUCCAACCCACCGUCCCACGUGUGUUCGAUGUGGUUGGUUUACUUCGGGCUAUUUUUAGGGACGCAGGCUGGCCGAUAAGAAGUGUUUCGAAUUUCCUUGGGGCGUGCAGAUUGGCCAUUGAAGCCAGGAUGGAUGUCUUAAUCGAAAAGUGAAUGGGGUUGCGACAUAAAAAAAGAGAUAUCUGUGGUGAAUCCGUGGCGUGGGUGGUGCACCAAGUUGGUGUUGGUGUGAUUGAAUCAACUUGAAAUGGCAAGUCGUGAUAUAGAGUAAUCAAUUGGGCAGAUAAAUUGUGUAACAUUUGCCUGCCAUCUACGUCUCUUCAGUGGAGGGUGUUGGGAUUGUGUGAGUGCGUUGUUUUGGUUAGAUGGUAAAGGUAAAAGUGCAUUAAGAGCUGCUGGUUGGAUUGGUGGAUACCAUUCGAAGUUGGAUGGGAUGGCGAUGCGAGGAUUAUUAUCUAAUAGCAGUGAAAGACGUUAAAGUUUAGCUGGCCAUCACCGGAGCAGAACGACACGACACAGCAAACGGUGGGACGCAGAUUGUCCGACAGCAAAGAACGCGGGCCAGAAGACCCGAGGACGUGCUUUCUAAGAGGUCACAUGACCGUUCGCAAUGUGUAAAAUUCCGUUAUGGCCCUGGUUAGCCAUAGCAUGGAGACAGCAGCUGGUGGUGGCGGUGCUGGUACUGCUGCAGAACUAUUCCGCCAGCGCCGUUCAGUCAAGUGGUUCAAGAACAAACGAUGGAAGUCCCGGAAGUGUGGGAUCAGCAGAGGCCGCGGGAAGUGGGAGCGCUUUCCUGCUCGGAGCAAACAAACCAACUAUGGCAGCCAUCGAGGACUCGCUGCAGACGAUACACGACAUAGCGACGGAGAAUCUGGGCACGCUAUGUCUAACAAAGUUGUUUCGACCACUGCAAAUAACCUUGAACCCGGACCGAUACACGGGUGCACGGCAGAAGGCUGACCUGGCCGCAGUGGUGCUCCAGGACGUUGGAGUUGCUCGUCACAACGGUCUGCUGGAUGCGUUGGCGAAAGGGCUGCUCUCCGAUCUGCACGUAACAAGUGCACGCAUCCUUUCGAUAAACAUCUCCGACGGUAUGAUCACCAACUCCGUCUGGUGGAGUAAACCCACAUCUGCAAUGGGAGCUCCAAUUCGGGUGGAAGAAGAUGGAAUUGCCGUGGGAAGGUCUCCCGAUCCUAGCUAUCCAUGGUUUGCUGACGAAUCGUCAUCACCGGGGCUGCGAUCGCCCAAGUUCGCUCCCUCGCCGCUUAACAUAUCCUUCAAAGGUUGGUGGACGUACCCGUAUUACUCCUGCAACCAAAAACGAUGGAUUCUAUCAUACAGUGUUGCCAUACCACCGAUGGGACGACAUGGACUACGAGGGUUCCUUAGCAUCGACAUCGACAUCUCUGACCUGCAAGUCAAUCAGUGCAACAAUCCGAACAAUUUGGAAAUCAUGAGCUACAAUCAACGCUUGAGACAAUACUAUCCCUUCGUGCGGAAUGCCAAGCUCACCGAAGAGGAGCAAUACAGCCAGAUCGAAGCGUUUCACGGGUCACACAAAUGCCACGUUCACAGUAUGCGCUGCGUUUACCGGCCAGUCGUAACGAACGUGGCUACGGCAGUCAAUUUAAACUACAAUCACUAUAGCAACACUAGUAGUUAUACUAACGGUAAUAGCAGUAGCGGUGGAUCGGUAAUCAUCAGCAAAAACAUGAGGGUCAUCAACGGAUGGAAACGCGGUGCAUACGAAUGCAAAUGCCGGGACGGGUUCUAUUCCGGUCCACAUCCUCAGGGCUUCAACGGUAGUAUUAUGGAGGUUGCGUAUCAGGAGUACCGCGACAACAUCAGUAGCUUCUUCAUGGACUCGUUCGUGUGUCUGCGAUGUUCACCGGGAUGUACAACCUGCACCGGUCCGUAUCCCUGCUUGGCAAGCUACAACUGGGUGUUUCGGACGACCCUCCUUACCUUCUCGGUGAUGUGCGCCGGGUUCACCAUCGUCCUCACACUGUACAUGUAUCAGCACCGCAAAAUAAAAGUUUUCAAGGUGGCCAGCCCGAUCUUUCUCACCAUUACCCUGCUGGGUUGUGCCUUCAUGUAUCUGGAGAUGGCCGCCAUCUUUCCGAUCUUGGACACCUAUUCCUGCAUAGCCACCAAGUGGACACGUCACAUGGGCUUCUGCGUCACCUACACGGCACUGCUGAUGAAAACGUGGCGCGUCUCGCUGACCUACCGAGUUAAAUCGGCUCACAAGGUUAAGCUCACCGACAAGCAGCUGCUCCAGUGGAUGGUUCCCAUCCUGUUGGUGAUGUUCAUCUACCUGGGGACAUGGACCCUGUCGGCACCGCCUACCGCAGAGAAGAUAGUCGACCAGAAUGGACUCAUCUUCAAGCAGUGCUCCUACAACUGGUGGGACCACAGCCUGGCCAUCGGCGAGGUGCUGUUCCUGGCGUGGGGCAUUCGAGUAUGCUACAACGUUCGGAAUGCCGAGUCACUUUACAACGAGGCCCGGCUCAUCUCGUAUGCCAUCUACAACAUCGCCCUCGUCAACACCACCAUGGUGGCGUUCCAUUUAUUCUUCUUCCCACAAGCCGGACCCGACAUCAAAUAUCUGCUGGGCUUCAUCCGGACACAGCUGAGCACAUCCGUAACGAUAGCGCUCGUGUUCGGACCGAAAAUUUUGCGAAUAUUGCGUGGUCAGGGCGAUCAGUGGGACCAACGAGCCCGGAAACGAGGCAUAACCGCAUCGUUCUCUCUCAAUGGCAUCGGUUUGGUUCCGGAGGAAACCGCAGACCUCUACCAGGAAAAUGAAGAACUGAAGGAAGAAAUUCAGAAACUCGCUGCUCAAAUUGAAUUUAUGAGGAUUGUUCACAUGGAGAUGAACAAUCGACACCUGAAACCGAAACCGGGGAGUUAUUUUACACUGAAAAGUCCUCUCGGCAAGAGUAUCGGCGGUAGCGGACUGCACUCGUCCCACAGGUACAGACAUACGAAGGAGGACUCACUCAAGGAAACCAGUGGUAUCACCGAGGACGGUCACAGUGGCUCCAAUAGCUGCUACUCCGGGACGGCUAACUCUGUUGGCUACUCAUCAACAAUCCACAGCGGCCAACAGCCGUCGCAGCAGCAACAGCAGCAGCACCAACAACAGCCACAGCAACAAUCCAACGGAACCGAAAGGCUCACACGGCCACUGACAGCACUAACCGUAAUGAUGGCGUCAACAUGAAUUACAAUCUCCAUAAACGCAGCAGUGAGAACAAUGGUUCCCACGGCGAUACUCGACGCCAGAUCAGUAGCAGCAGCAGCAGCAGCAGCAGUAGCAGCAGUAACAAUAACCUACCCGAAACGGAAUCCCGAGCCCAAACUACGUCGUCCGGUUUAGGUGAACUACAGGAGCAGCAUUACAAUCGUAUCAACAACAAUCAUGUAAUUGAUGGAGCCGCAGGGCUCAACGAUUGUCAUCUAGACUCAUCCGCGACCGCGGUGACCGGUGAGGUCUGUGAACCUGAUUCCAUCGCAAAUCCUACCCUUAACCAAGCCACCGAAAUGAGCAAUGAAUCACCCAGCAAGUCCGUCGACAGCAGAAUCCCAGUUUAUGUCUGAAAAAAAAACUUGAACGCACAACCGGAGUGACCCCGAUAAGAAACCAAUCCCAAAUCCCGGCUCAGUUUCAUCAUCAAUUGUGAUAAUAAUCAGCGGCACCCGUUGGUGCUUGAAUCGUUAAAAGAUUUCAGAUUAGACUUUAAGCUGCUCUUGAGAUUUUUUGGGCUUUCUAAAUGAGGCUGCAGCAACUGUACCCUCAUAAUAUUCAUUAUAGGAGGAUGAGCCUUGCUUUUGCUUCGUAUCCAGUCAUCUAAGAAAAAUCUAAUUAUUUUUAACAGAAACAGACACUACCCCGCCGGUUCACCCGAUCCAUGGGUGGAAGGAAGCUGAAAAACAAUUUGUCAACAUGAUGUCGGAAGCAACCCGUGGACCAACCAGCGACGAGUCCCGCUUUGAUGAUGAGCAGUAGCGUUAGACAUCUUGUUUUUGAAUUUUCCUUUUUUUUUUGUGUUUUUUGCUUUCCGAAUAUAAUCCAACUGCUGCUCUGCUCCCGGAUGGCUGUUACUUGUAGCUCGUGGGCAUAUUCCAUCAAGUGCCCGAAGCGAGCGAGAAACUGCCAACGCGAAAGCCCGAAAUUCACCCCACCGCAAUGGUAAUUGCAUUGAAAUUAAGUUACACUUCACACUGUGGUAGGCACACAUCACACACCGCCAUACAUGUUUUGGGUAUCCAUUGGAAAGUACGCCGAAGCACGGAUCACACGUACACUCAUCACCAUUAAUAAGUUCCUACACAUGUCACGAGCUGAGACAUUAUGAGUUAUCAUAGGGAAAGCCGAAAUUCCACUACAUAAAUUAUGUUUCACUGAUGGGUUUCCGUUGUACAUGGAACGUACGGGAUGGGUUCACCUCGGUAGCCAGGAGGCUUGAGUUAUAUGAAUAGAAGGUGGCGACAAUAAACGAUCGUAAACUUCAAAGGAUUGAGGGAAAUUAUGCAAAAUUGACUUGCGGAAACAGAGUUCAAUAUUAUUAGGAUGCGGUCGGUAGUGAUUAGUAGGGUAGUUAUGCUUCGUAGUGUAACGGAAUAGAUUAGAUCUGAAAAUCUCAGCAAAUGAAACUACUUGGAAGAGACCUAGGAAUGGUUAUUUUGCAUCUAGAAAAGUGGGUCCGAAUUUGAGUAAAAAAAUCAUGUCAGGAGUUCUGUUAUGAGAUGGUUUUAAGUUUUAUUUGUUUUCUGUUUAUAAGACAACUUAAAUCGCCAGGUUUAGAUGAUUUCUAUAAAAAUAACCAUUGAGAUUAUGUUUGAGGACCAUGUUGAUUUUUUAAAGGGUGAUCAUAAUUUAGGUUUUUUAUGGAGUUUUGAAUGGAAACUACAAAACAUUAGACAAAAGUUGGUUUUAACAAGUUUUGUUUUAUUAUGUACAACGGGGCACUAUCGAUUGCCUUUUUUGAAACUCGGUCACAAGAUGCUUAGAUAUACUAAAGAUGUCUUCGUCAAAUUCGAGCUGAAUAGUUUUAAGAGAAAAUCUCACCAACAGUUGAA